CGUCUUACUGAAACUGCCUUGCGCAAGCCACCCAAUAGACUAUCAUUUCUCUAGCAUGCGUACAUAAUAUAUUGCGCACAUGACACUUGCCGUAUUUCGGUAUUCCUUAUUCACACGGAACCGCCGACAUAGCCCAUGUCAGCGUGCAAUGGAGCCAAUACACUUCAGCGUCACCAUUCCAGGCACAGUUUCAUCUUUACCGAAUGCCUAAGCGCUCAGCUGCUCAUUGCCGGCAUCCACAGAAGGGCUGACUCUGAUCCAAAACAGUUAGACUAUCGUGGUGCGGCUGAAGCACCUCAUCUCCGCAUUAGGCAAAACAAGGCGCAAAAACGUGGGCUGCACUAAAUUCGAUGGGAAAUCGAACGUUGGUGCUACUGUAGUUUUCAGCCAGGAUGUAAGCCAGGGAUCAGGCACGGAGCAAUCGAGUCGCGCGCAACACAUAUAACCCGCAACAGGUCCCCCCUCGACAUCACCACAAUUGACCAUCAUCCCACCCUCCUCUUUUCACAAUGCAAUCCAAAUUCCUAGCCCUUUCUUUUACGGCCUUGCUCGGCUCGGUCAGCGCCAACUCUUACCCCAUCAACGAUGAUGGCGUUAACUGCCGCUCCGGCCCUGGCACGGGUUACGCUGUCCAGCGAUCUUACAGCAAGGGCACCAUGGUGACUCUCACCUGCCAGACAAAUGGCGAGAGCAUUAAUGGCGACAGCCUCUGGGACAGAACCACCGACGGCUGCUAUGUCGCCGAUUGGUAUGUCCAGACCAACACCGGCAACAUGGUUGUUGGUGCCUGUGGCGGCGGUGGCGGCGGCAACUCUUACCCCAUCAACGAUGAGGGCGUCAACUGCCGCGCUGGUCCUGGCACCGGUUACGCUGUCCAGCGAUCUUACAGCAAGGGCACCAUGGUGACCCUCACUUGCCAGGCGUACGGCGAGAGCAUCAACGGCGACAGCCUCUGGGACAAGACCACUGACGGCUGCUACGUCGCCGACUGGUAUGUCCAGACAAACACAGGCAACAUGGUCGUCGGCGAGUGCUCUGGCGGCGGUGGCAACCCCCCCGGUGGCAACCCCGGUACUGUUGGAGGCCCGAUCAAGCGCAGCGAUGUCAUUGCCCGUGCUCGCUUCUGGACCAACAAGCACAUUCCGUACUCUCAGACGGCGACAUCGCCGGACCCCAACGGCCUGCGCUACCGAACUGACUGCUCCGGCUUUGUCUGCAUGGCUCUCCAUGCCUCAGCCCCUGGUCUCAACACUGUCUCGCUGCCGUCCAUCUCUCACCGCAUCAACUGGGCUGAUCUGCAGCCUGGUGAUCUCGUUGGUACGCUUGGUCCCGGCACUGGUGGCGAUGCUGGCCAUGUCACCCUCUUCCUUGAGUGGGUUGAUGGCUCUCACAACUCGUACCGCUCGCUCGAGUGCAAUGGCUCGGAUGGCUGCGUUCAGAUGGUUGAGCGUGUUGGUUGGACCGACGGACCGUUUACCGCCCAGCCUUACCGCUACAACAACAUUCAGGACUAAAAGAAGACAGUCGUGCCUGAGUUUAAGGUGUAUAUAGAUGGCUAGUUUAGAUUGGUGUAUAGAAAUGUAUAUUUUUGCAAAGCG